AUGUCAACAGAACCAACUGCCAGCGUGGCCGAACUAGAGUCACAAACCAAGAACUUAGACUUGAGCAAUGCCUCUUCUACCGAGCAAACUUCUAACAAAGAGAAUGACUUGAAAGCGGAAGGUGCAGGGGACGAUGGGGAUCAGGAAGACGCUGGAGCAGAUGCAUCCUCCUCCGACAAGAAAAAGAAAAAGAAAAAGAGCAACAAAAAGAAGAAAAAAUUAGUUGCUAUUGACCAAUCGUACCCCGAUGGUAUUUUCCCAGAGGGUGAGUGGAUGGAAUACCCAUUGGAUUCAAACAAGCAUCGUACAACAUCAGAAGAAUUGAGGUAUUUGGAUAGACAACAAAACAACAAGUGGGAAGAUUUUAGAAAAGGGGCCGAAAUCCAUCGUCGUGUUCGUGCUAAAGCCAAGUCUUCAAUUAGACCCGGUAUGUCAAUGACUGAAAUUGCCGAUUUGAUCGAAAACUCAGUGAGAGCGUAUGCCAACUCCGACCACACAAAGAAAGCUGGGAUUGGAUUUCCUACUGGGUUAUCUUUGAAUCAUGUUGCUGCACAUUAUACUCCAAAUACUGGGGAUAAAUUAGUGUUGGGAAAAGACGAUAUUAUGAAGGUUGAUAUUGGUGUACAUGUUAAUGGUCGUAUCUGUGAUUCUGCAUUCACAAUGACAUUCAACGAAGACGGUAAAUACGAUACUAUAAUGCAGGCAGUUAGAGAAGCUACCAACACUGGUGUGAAAGAAGCGGGGAUCGAUGUCAGGAUGAAUGACAUCGGUGCUGCCAUCCAGGAAGUUAUGGAAAGUUACGAGAUGGAAGAAAAUGGUAAAGUGUACCCAAUUAAAUGCAUACGUAACCUUAAUGGGCACAACAUUGGUGACUACGUUAUCCACUAUGGUAAAAAUGUCCCAAUUAUAGCUAAUGGUGACAACACCAAAAUGGAGGAAGGUGAGACUUUUGCUGUUGAAACAUUCGGAUCAACUGGUAAGGGAUAUGUUUUGCCUGAGGGAGAAUGUUCACAUUAUGCAUUGAACCAAAAUACUGAAAACAUGAGAGUACCAUCAGAGAGAUGCAAGGCAUUGGUGAACACAAUACAGGAGAAUUUUGGAACUUUACCAUGGUGUAGGAGAUAUUUAGAACGUGCUGGUGAAGACAAAUACUUGCUAGCAUUGAACCAAUUAGUUAGAGCUGGAGUUGUUGAAGCCUAUCCACCGAUUGCUGAUAAAUUGGGUAGUUAUACUGCACAAUUUGAGCAUACUAUAUUGUUGCAUCCCCAUAAGAAGGAGGUUGUCACUCGUGGUGAUGACUAUUAG